ACCGCCACAAUGUUCACCAAGGACUUCCCACUGCCCACUGAGGAGGAGCUGACGGUGCAGGAGAUCAAUGUAAGCACGCCGUCUCUGAGGGCAGCCGCUUUUCACCUGGGCAAGACUUGUGAGGAACAGAACAAUGAGUACAUGCUGUGCCGAAAGGAAGAGAAGGACCCCCGCAAGUGUCUGGACGAGGGCAAGGCGGUGACGGCCUGCUCCCUCAACUUCUUCAGGAAAAUAAAGAAGUCCUGCCUGGAGGAGUUCUCUCAGUAUGCCAACUGUCUUGACAAGUCCUCCCGAGAUAUGGAGUACAAAUACUGCCGCAACACUCAAGCCAUUUACGACAAGUGUGUGCUGGACAACCUGGGUCUGGAGCGGCCUGACUUUGGUUACUUCUGUGAGCCAAAGAUUGUAGACUCAAAAAGGCCUAAGCCGAUUGAAGAGCCCCUCAGCUUCCCUGAUGCCCCUGAGCCCCUGCCAGAGUUGCCGGUGGGUGGGGAGGCCAGGUACGGGUCUCGCAAGUUUUGGUUCCAGUAGGUGGCCGGUCACUGGCUGGCUGCUGUGGCACACUUUGUUUUCUUCCUUCAUUGUAGCCAGGAGAGACUUGCAACAGGAAAUAUUGCUGUGAAGUCCUGCCAGAAUAAAUUUGAAGCUCAGUUGUACAGUAAUGUUACUCAAAUAAGAGAGUUGAGGUGGGAGACAACACAAUGUGCUGUUUUUAGUUUGGAGAGUAAAAAAAAGAAAGUGAUUGUUGUCAUAAACAUGCUGGGCCAUCAUGAUUGAAAACAGUUGUCACCAUUGCCACCACACUCUCCUGACUGGUCACCACAAAGCUGGCGUGUAAACAAAGGGCUGCAGUGAGCUGUUAUAGUCUCUAGUGGUGUUUGCUUUGUACAUACAGGUAUCUCAAAUUGCUUUAAUAUAUUCCUUCAUGUGUCCUUUUGACAAAAAAUAAAGAUAUAAAACAU